AUGGUGAAUGCAGCAAGUGGAGGAGGGCUAGUGAAUAAGACUCCAGGAGAUGCAACUAGGCUGAUUGCAGAGCUAGCAGAAAAUUCUAGGCAAUUCAGUCAGAGAACUCCCACGCGCCGGGUGAAUGCAGCAAAUUCAAAUACGUCUGAGUUAGAAAGUCAAGUAGCUGAUUUGACUUCUAUGAUGCGUGAGUUCAUGGUGAACUCAAGGAAUCCGCAGCAACUGAAUGCUUGUGGUAUAUGCACCUCCAUGGGACAUCCCACUGAUGCAUGUCCUCAAUUACAAGAGGAGCAGAAUGAGCAAGCAAAUGCAAUGGGUUUCCAAGGGCAAGGUCCUCAGAGAAGAUAUGAUCCCUAUUCAAAUACAUACAAUCCAGAAUGGAGGGAUCAUCCAAAUUUGAGAUAUGGGAACUCCCAAGGGAACCAACAACAACAAAAUGCUCAAGGCCAGCAACAGUAUCAGCAAUAUAGGGCACCAUUACCCAAAACUCAAGGCCAAAGCUCAAAUUCGAAUAAUAUGUCAACUGAAGAAAUGAUUAGAUCAUUAACUUCUAAUGUUUCUACUAUGCAGCAAAAUAUGGUGCAAUUUCAGCAAGAAACCAGAUCAAGUAUUCAAAACCUAGAGAAUCAAUUUAGUCAAAUCUCUAGUGCAGUAAGCCGACUUGAAGCUAAGGACUCUGGAAAGCUUCCAUCUCAAACGGAGCUGAAUCCUAAGCAACAGGUCAAUGCAAUAACAUUGAGAAAUGGCAAAGAGUUGCAAGAAACUGCAGUUGCAACUAAGAGGGCUAAAGACUUGAUUGGAACUGAAGAGCAAGAAGUAGAACAUGAAGCUGUGGCGAACCCACCAACUUUUCCCUCUUAUGAACCCACACCACCUUUCCCUGAAGCCUUGCAAGAUACUCGAAGGUAUGAGAAAGACAAGGAUAUUUAUGAGACUUUUAGCAAAUGUGAGGUAUAUAUUCCCCUCUUGAAUGUGAUUAAAAGUAUUCCUCGUUUUGCUAAGUUUAUGAAAGAACUGUGUACUAUCAAGAGAAAGCAUAGGUUGGGAGGAAAAGAGAAGGUAAAGGUGAGUGCUCAUGUUUCUGCGGUUUUCCAAAAGAAAAUCCCAGAAAAAUGUGGUGAUCCUGUGAUUCAGUUAGCGGAUAGGUCUAAUGUGUAUCCUAAGGGGGUGGUGAAAGAUGUGUUGGUUAAGGUUGAUGGUUUGAUUUUUCCUGCUGACUUUUAUGUGCUUGACAUGGAACAUGACAAACAAGCAGUCCCCAUCUUGUUAGGAAGACCUUUCUUGAAGACUGCUAAAACAAAAAUCGAUGUGUCUACCGGUUCCUUGACUAUGGAGGUUGAUGGGAAAGCAAUUGGGUAUAACAUUUAUGAUUCCAUAAAGUAUCCUGUCAACACUCAUUCUUUAUGUUCUCUUAAUGUUGUCGAUCCAAUGGUGCAUGAUGUUCCUAACAAUGAUCGUGGGGAUGAGUUCCUCACACCUAUAACUAAUGUUGUAUCUGGUGAUUGCUUGGAUUUCUCUAUGCCUACUAAUGUGCAGGUGAAGGUGGGGGAAUUGAAUGAACAUUCCAAGCUUCCACCUAUACCACCAGGUUCAACAAUCGGCCCGUCCGCAAUUCCGGGCAAGAAAUUGUCCCAUUUAUACCACAAAGCAAAGAAUAGGUUGUGGCAUGACAAGAUGAUUGCUAGGAAGGAGUUCAAAGUCGGUGACAAAGUGGAGGCCUCGGGAGCAUCUUUUAUGCCCGAAACACAGCAAAAACAAGCUGAAACAGAGCCAAAGGGGACAUUCCCUGCUGAAGCCGCUGGCAGCUGCUCUGCAGCCGCUACCAGCGGGUCUUCAGGCAGGCCAAAAAUCCCAGGCUCUGUCCCAGCCGCUGAUUUUCCAUUUUCUCUUGAUUUCAAGUUUGACAUUGAGUUGGUUGUGCAGUUGUGCAAGUUGAAUUUCUCGUAA